AUGGUGGACAUCGUAGUCUAUGGACUACCCAAGUCUUCGAACCAUUUGAAGAAGGCGCAUGAUGAAACUGUAGUCUUCUGCAAACGUUUGGAAUUGUCGGAAGAGUUUCAACACACUGUGGGAACAACUCUGACGCAGACUGUCACCAAGCAAUCCAAGUCCAGGAAGCGUAAGACUUAUGGUCAGGGUUCUUCUUGCUCUGGAUCUGGAUAUACUGUGAGUAUGGUAAGUGUGGUCACUCUACCAAAAACUAGUGGCCUCAUCAAGCAAAUGGUGGCAUCAGCUAAAACUGGAAAGUCGUUUGACAAACCCAAGUAUGGAAACAAGACUUGGAAGGGUUCUGCCGAUGAUGCCAAGAAGAACAGCAAGAAGGACUUAGCUGACUUUGUCACCAAGAGUGUCCAGGAGGCACUCAAGAACGAACUCAACGCUAUCGGUAUACAAGAGGCGCUCUUUACGGCUGAAUCCAACAGCUCCUUCUUCGAACACAUAUAG